UCGUGGCUGAAUUCAGCAAAGCAUGGCGUGCAUGCAUAGCCUACUAUACAUAGAAAUAUAAAUAGAAAUAUAGAAACAGAAAUAUAGAAAUAGAAAAGGUAGUAGCAUAUAGUUUACCGUUUUAGCCCACAUAAGAAAUAUUGGUUUUAAUAAAUACCUAUUUUCGGCAAAUACAUUUCUGCUAAAUGAAUUGUGUACGAUCGUUUAUUGCAAUCCAACUUAUUUUCGGCUCUAAAUAUAUUUACUUAACUUAAUAGUGGCUGAUAACUGAUCUGGAAAAAUAAAUGUUGAUCGGGGACCAAUGUAAUGAGGUAAAACAAAAGCUGAACAUAACAUCUUUUUGAACAGAUUCUUUGAAACGAACAGUUUGAACGAAUCGUUUCGCCGUCAUGACUCGGACCUCCCAUCAUUGGAACCGCUGUCUGUUCUCUUGUGGGAUAUUAUUGAAUAGGCUACUGCCAUCUUGUGGGUAACAGUGAAUUUAGGAGAACAGAACUGUAAACGAACCCAUGAAUGCUAAUUAGACUUAACUAGUCAGAUAGCAGAUGUGUCCUGAGAAAGAUUUUCCACUUGCCUUAGGCUAUUUCUUUGAUAAGUAGGCUAUUAAUUUAAAAAUACUUUGAAAGAGCCUGAUGACUGAAAACAUAAAAUGAAAAUAUAUCAUUAAAAAUAUAUCAAAAAUGAAUAAAUAAUAUAUAUGAGAGCAGUCACAGUCUCCCUCUCUACUAUAUUUUCUUAGGCUCCUCCCCCAGGAUCAUUAGCCUCACCCUCUGCACUGUAUUCUCACGCAAUUCUCUGGUUGAACGAAGGAGGGAAGGUUAUUUAAGAAAUGUUCAAUUACAGACAACUCUCUCAUUAAUGGAUGAAUUCCUGAAGUCUUUGGAUAUUAAACUAUCUUCAAAUGUACCCUGAAGAACGGUUGCUUGAUCAAAGGACUUCAUUUUUCAGGUUGUAGCCAGGGUAAUCCCAGAAGAUGGUAAACCAGACUAAAGGUUAUGUCUCAGAAUUAAUAACUCGCUCCACGACUGCUUUUCUGCUUUUCAUUUUUGUGCUCUCCACCUUUCUAGGGAAUGCUCUGGUGUGCACCGCAGUGGUACGGUUCCGUCAUCUGCGCUCCAAAGUGGCGUAUGUGUUUGUAGUGUCUUUGGCUGUCUCAGAUCUUUUAGUAGCCUCUCUUGUAAUGCCGUGGAAGGCAGCCGCUGACAUUGUGGGUUUCUGGCCAUUCGGCAGUUUCUGUGAAGUAUGGAUAGCCUUUGACAUCAUGUGUUCCACUGCCUCCAUUCUUAAUCUGUGCAUCAUAAGUGUGGAUCGUUACUGGGCUAUUGCUAUCCCUUUGAGCUACGAGCAGAAAAUGACAAGAAGAGUAGCAUUUGUCAUGAUUGGAGUGGCAUGGAUGCUCUCUAUUCUGAUCUCAUUCAUUCCUGUGCAGCUGAGUUGGCAUAAGAGUCUGCGCCAUAAAGAAGACCUGGGAGAAAUCGGUGAAAAGUGUGAUGCCAGUUUAAACCGCACUUAUGCCAUCACUUCAUCUCUAAUCAGCUUCUACAUCCCUGUCUCCAUAAUGAUUGUCACAUACACUCGCAUCUUUCUUAUAGCGCAAAGGCAGAUCCGAAGGAUAUCAAUGCAAGAGUGUACCAUUAAGCAUGUUCAGUCCUGCCAGAGCUGCAAUAAAGCACCUGAAGAGAAGUUAAAAAGCGCAUUUAAGAGGGAAACCAAAGUCCUGAAAACCCUGUCGAUGAUCAUGGGCGUGUUUGUCUGUUGUUGGCUCCCUUUCUUCAUUCUCAACUGCAUGGUGCCAUUUUGUGACCCUGGCCUCCACAACACCGGACAGAUCCCAUGUGUCAAUAAGACGACUUUUGAUGUUUUCGUGUGGUGUGGAUGGGCAAACUCUACCUUGAAUCCUGUAGUUUAUGCAUUUAAUGCAGAAUUCCGCAAAGCUUUCUCCAGUCUCUUGGGAUGUGGGAAGUUGUGCUCUCGGAAUACUGUGCAAACGGUUGACUUCAGCAAUGAGCUGGUGUCGUACCAUCGCGACUCCACAAACCUUCAAGACAUUCACCUCUUCAGUCACCCAUGUCUGCAUCCGCAUGCUGUCAGGGAGGAAAGUGAUAAAGAUAUAUGCUUUGAUACAGUGUCAAAGAUGGCUGAAGUCCAUUAUGAAACGGAAUGUACCUUUGUAUAUGGGGAAAGGACUCAUAUGCUAAGUCAUGGAGAAACAGAAUUAUCAUUGGAUAAAAUCAUACCAUUUACAAAAGAGGAUGAUUUAGCAUCUCUUGAACAUGUGGCUCAUAAUGAAAGUGAAUCUCCUAGUAUAUCUGGAAUAUUGUGAUCUUUAAAUAUGUUUUGAAAAUAAUUCUACUUCUUAUGCCUACUUUUACUUCAAACUGAGUAAGACCAUGAGUAAUUGAACAGGCUUGACCUGUUUUUGAGUGCUGUUUUCUCCAUUACUCUGCUCAUGAAUCAUUCAAAAGGUCACUCAUUGUGAGAUAGAUAGAUUUCAUACCAUAAAUUGAUUUUAAUAUAUAAAGCUAAUAAUGUAGUACCAACCAUUAUUUCUAUCUGAAUAACGCUCAGUCUUUUUCAGUUAAAUGUGUUAAUGGCGAAAAUAAUAAUCAUAUGUCUGUCAUCUUGAAGAUUUUGUUUAUACUGAAAACAAAUAACACCUGACUUUGAAAGACUCCUUUAUUCACUCCUAAAGGGAGAAGGCACUAACAGACUGACAGGUUUUUUCUUCUUCUUUUAUAAUGCCUGCUGCUUUUGUUACCUCGUAUUAUUUGAUGAACUUUGAAUAUCUACAUUUGCCAAUCCACAAGCAAAAACAAUGAAAAUUGUGAAAAACUUCAUCAAAAUGAAGUCACGAAUGAAACCAUGUCCAGUGACAUUAACAUUACCAUUUACAUUCACAUAAAUUUUAAGGAAAAACCUUUACGUUUAUUUUUAUACAAAAAAG